AUGGAGAUGAGCACCAUGCAAGACACUCUCAAGAGAAAAAACUUGAUGAACAGUUUCCUGGAAGAACACGCUUACAGCCUGUUCCAGAAUUCUGCUAAAGACAAGAAAUUCUCUACACUUCCCCUGAGAAACUUUAAGGAUAUAUUCUACACUGGAAAGAUACGCAUUGGAAGACCCCCUCAACAGUUCAGGGUCCUCUUGGACACCAGCUUUGCUGACCUCUGGGUGACCUCUGUCUACUGCCAUGACCCAGGCUGUAGUAAACACAAACACUUCGACCCUCGUGAGUCUACCACCUUUGAGAUCACAGACCGUCACAUGAACCAUCUCAAUAAGUUUGGGAGGAUCAUGGGGUUUUUUGGCCGUGACAUUGUUCGGAUUGGGAAUGUUGUCGUCAAGAACCAGACUUUUGCCAUGAGCCAGAGGCAGACGAGCAAGAUCCUGCCGUGUGUACCUUUUGAGGGAAUCCUGGGUUUGGGCUAUCCCACUCUUGCCACCGUCGGGAUCACCCCUUUCUUUGACAACCUGAUGCAACAAGGAAUAAUUUCUGAGCCUGUGUUUGCCUUCUAUUUGAACACCAAGAAGAAGAAUGACAGUGUGUUGAUGCUUGGUGGGGUGGACCAUUCCUAUCACAAGGGAAAACUCAACUGGAUACCAGUGUCUGAAUCUCGUUACUGGCAGAUAACUAUGGAUCGGAUCUCCAUGAAUGGGAAAGUGAUCGGUUGUUCCAAUAGAUGUCAGGCCAUUCUGGACACUGGGAACCCAUCCGUGUGUGGCCCGACAAGACUGAUCACCAAGAUUCAGAGACUCAUCGGCGCCAGGCCUUUCAAAGGUUGCCGGAACUUGAUUUCAAAUCGCAUCAAUACUACAAUCCCUCCUGUCGUCUUCACCAUCAAUGGCGUUGACUACCCAAUGCGCCCUGAAAACUACAUGUUGAGGGCUUCUUGCGGCCUCUGCGUCAGCACUUUUGUAGGAGGCACAGAGAAAAUGACCAAAUCAGAGACCUGGAUACUGGGUGACGUCUUCCUGAGGCUGUAUGUCUCAGUUUUUGAUCGAGGAAACCGCAGAAUUGGCCUGGCUCCUGCAGUGUAA